AUGAAGAAGACAGGACUCAUCUCGGUUGUGGGAUUUGCCGUAUCGUUGCUGUUCCACACGACCCAGUCCAAGGCCUGUCCUCCCUCCUGCCACUGCCAGCCCCUGGGAGGGAUGAGGGGGUUGUGUGUGGACUGCAGCUCCCAGAAGCUGACUCAAGUGCCUGUCCUGCCUGCCAACACCAGGAGGCUUUAUCUACAGAACAACAGCCUGACCUCGGUUCCUCCCGGCGCCCUGGACAGCCUCAGCAGCCUGGAGGAGGUGAAAAUACUUGAUAAUCCUUGGAACUGUGACUGUCACAUUCUCUACCUAAAACUGUGGUUAGAAGAUGUCUCUGCCUCCUCUCUUGCAAACGUCAGGUGUGCAACCCCAGCUCCUGUGAGUAUGAAGCCCUUGAGGCAGCUGACUGGGAAUGAGUUGGGGAUCUGUAAGAGGCUUCUCCCAGUCAAGUGUCUUGAGUUCUUUUGGCGAGAUCUCACUUUAAUUGCUGGAGCAAUAAUUACACUUAUUUUAGUAGCACUGGCUCUGAAAUGCUCAAAAAAGCUGGUCUGCCAAACAAGCCUAAGCCAAUAUGACUCUGCAGGGUGGCUGUUGGGGAGGCACGCCUCCAAAAACCACAAGAUACAGUGA